UGAUGAAAUCGGUACAUGGGAGACAGACCAAAAAAAAAUGAGCCUAAUGGAUAUCACUAAAAUGUUCUCCAUGCUCCAGCCCAGAGAAGACGAAGAUGACAACGGAGAAAGCGAGGAGCUGAACCGAGCGGUAUCUGAGGACAAUUACCAAACCCUUGAUAACCUCUUGUCCCAAGACAGGUACAAAAGGUUCAUCAACCGCCGGAGCGGCUGGGGCGUACCCAGCACCCCGCUGCGCCUGGCCGCCACGUGGGGCCGCGUCAGGAGCAUGAAGGUCCUCUUGGCCCACGGAGCGGAGGUGGACAGCCUGGACGUGAAGGCUCAAACCCCACUCUUCAUGGCGGUCAGCAACGGCCACCGGGAAUGCGUGAAGGUCCUCCUGGACGCAGGGGCCAACCCCGUCGGCAGCAUCUACAACAACUGCUCACCGCUGCUCAUCGCCGCGAGGGAUGGGAACGUGGACAUCCUGCGGCAGCUCCUGGAUCACGGCGCAGAAACCAACGUUCAAGCGAGAUUGCCUGAGUGGGCCGCCAACUCGGUGGCUUGUUCUGGUCCCCUCUACCUCGCCGCCGCGUACGGGCACCUGGAGUGUUUCAAAAUGCUGUUGCUUUACGGUGCCGAUCCCGACUAUAACUGCACCGAGGAGAGGGUGAUCGCCCAGAUCAAGGAGCCCAAGACUCUGCUGGAAACCUGCCUGAGGCACGGCUGCAGGAGCGAGUUCAUCGAGCUGCUUAUUGACUUUGGAGCCAACGUGUACUUGCCCAACAUCACGGUAGAUGAGAUGGCACCCCGCAGCGAGGGCCUGGAGCUGCUGCUGCAGGCGAGAGCUCAUCCCAAGUCCUUGAUGUCCCAGUCCAGGCUGGCGAUGAGACGUCUCCUGAAGCAGGCUGGCCGCCCGCAUGCCCUCGGCGAGCUGGACGUCCCGACGGUCCUGGCGAACUACCUCCGACACCAGCCAUGA